UCAGACUUGGAAAACAUGGUGGUUAAUGUCAACAGGGUUAACAGGAGUGACUUCGGAAACUCUGAUCCCAGGGUAGGUUAUCUCAGACGAUAUUUAACUAUACUGUCUUUGUCUCUCUUUGAGCUUGUUUACGCUUGAAAAUGCAUUCUAAGUUUGACAAGGCGUAAAAUUCGAUGGAAUUAGAAGUGUCGUCGGUCGCAAGUAAAACUGCAAGUGAUGCAAGUGUUAGCAGAACAGACACGGCAAGCGAUGAUGAGGAAUCUUAUCAGACAGAUCAACAGAAAUAUGUCAUCCCAGAGGUGAUCCACAUUCCAUCUGCAUCUGAUAACAGCCCAAAGAGUUCAGGAAUUGCCGUGUAUAAAUAUUCCUCCUCUGAGGAAUCUGAUCAUGAAGAAUGCAAUGAAGAGGGAAAUUAUCCUUCAGGAUAUGUUAGAGGUUUGGCCCCACCCCAGGUUUUGCUUAAAAGCUACAGAAGGCAAGCACGGGAAUUUGCCAACAAUGGAGAUGAUAGAGCUGUACAUGAUCGAAUCCGAUGUGUAGCUUUAACCAGAAUAAUUUAUGGGGAUAAUCACUGGAAACUGGCUAAAGCUUACUCAAAGCUUUCACAGGCAUAUCUAGAGCAGAAGGGAAUGGCCCAGCAAGCCCUGAUUCAUGCUGGAAAUGCUCGUGAUGUGUUACUGGCAGCAGAUGCAGUAAAACAUCAAGGAAGACAGAUUUAUGACAGAUCUGAUGUGCUUCCUGUUAUGGAAUUGAUAUAUCUUGUGAUGGGACAAGCUCAGAUUGCCUUGAAGAACACACAGAAGGCUGAGAACAGCUUUAAGAAAGCAGAGUUAGUAUCACGAGAAAGAGAAGAACUAGGGCCAAAACAUCAGGACCCUAACAGACGGCUUCAAAUAUUGAUAGUCCUUGGUCGCGUCAGUCUUAAGACUCACAAAACAGGACAUGCCCUGGAAUGCUUUGAAAAGGCAUUAGAGGUUGCUCAGAAAUAUUAUGGAGCUGAAAGCAAAGAGUUGAUUCCAAUUUACCAAAGCCUGGCACGUGCGGAAGGAAGUCAUGGUGACACAGCCAGCAGAGAAAGGGCAUCAAAGUUGUUAAUGCAAGCUCAUGAUAUCAGCAAAUCAAAAUUUGGGGAAGAUUCAAUGGAAGUUGCAGACUCUUCAUUUGUUAUGGCCAUAAGUUACACUGAUGAUGAUGAAAGCCUAGAUAAAGCCAAGAAAUACUUGAAGGAUGCCAUAACUUUAUACAUGAAGCAUAGAGGUCCAUAUAAUAACUCAACUAUAAAGGCCCAGGAUGAGCUCAGUCGUUUGUUAAUUCGUGAUGGCAGUCUGGAGGAGGCAGUGUCGCUUCAGAAGUCAGUGGCAGAAGCUAAGACAGUGGUGUAUGGUGACCCAAGUGAGCAGGCUGCUGCUUCAUACCAGUUGAUGGGUAGUAUAAGACUGAAACAAGGACGAACACAGCAGGCUUUGAAAUGGCUCACCAAGGCGCACAAUAUGCUGAGUGCAACAUUAGGAAAGAGUCACAAGAGAACAAAAGAGAUGGCAGACACCAUUAGCCGCAUAAAGAUGUCGCCUGAUGCUCAAAAAUUCCUAAGUGCAGAAGACAAACUGAAGAAGAGACCAAGGUUCACUCAAGUCGUGGGUAGAUCUAAACCCUUGGGGUACUCAUCAACUCCUUACGGGGAUUAACUUCAUUCGUGUAACGCUGAGUGGAACCAGGGAUGACAGAAAUGCGAAUGCUAAAUGUAUUUAUUGCACAGAACAAUCUAUAUAACUGUAAAUUGUCUAAACCAACAUGAAGGAAAAUCACGAUAGAGCGUGCCAUCUUGUGUCAGUAACGUCUUUCUUUCUUCGUAUUUCGAAGUUCCCUUUCUUACAUUGUCUUAACUCUUUUUUCCAUGAACCACACCUUUCAUUCCCAUUUAACUAUUCUCUUGCAAACCAGUGCGCCCAUAUGCUGCUUAUGAAUAAGAUUACUGUGGUCGAAAUUCUUCAGUCAUUUCAUCUCUUGAAAAGGAAUAUCUUCACCUACCAUUGACCAUAUCCUAGAGCACUGCACCAGAAUGGCAUGUUGAAAAAAUCAAAUCCUGUAAAAGCUCUCUAUUCUUCAUUAUUUUUAAGUGAAAUAAUACAAGUGAGUUACUGUUAGUUCUAUCCUUUUUUCGUCUCUAUCAUCACACGUCAAUUUUAUUUAUCUAUUAUCUAAUUUAACGCCAUGACUUUCUUUUUUCGUCUUGGUUUAAUCAGUCAAGCGCUGGAACAAAUGAGCUGAUCAUAAUUUAUUUUCAACUGAAUACCUAAACAAUACUACAAACAAAUCUUUGGUAAGAAAUGUGAACAAUUGAAUGUUUGCCAAAAGGGUUGAUUGUUUUCACAAAAUGUGAAGAUAUCCUCUCCAAAUCUACUGUUUAAGGGAGAAAAGUAAUGUAAGGGGCUUAGUGAUACGAGCUGCCUAUUGCUUGCUCCGCGUCGCAUGAGCAAAUGUCAUGAAAUGCUUUCUUAGAUAUUUUCAGGAAUUUGAGGAGAGAAAUACAUGGCGAUGUCUUUGUAGUUGAUGUGUGUCAAUCCAAAUUGACUAUAAUACAUUUCACCGUUAAGAUGGUUGUCAUUUUGAAGGUGAAAAUGGCAUGAUGAGGUCACCAAGACAACUCAACUGAAUAACAUGAGAGAGAGCGAGGAAGUCAGAAUCUUGUCGAGCUUCACCACUUGUUCCGGAUGGGCAUAGACUGAACUUAAACAAUGUAAAGAAAUCGUUACAGGGAGAGUUGGGCAAGCAGCUUUACACGAUUGAGAAAGCAUACAACUGCCACCCGGCGUUUCCCUCCAACAAUAACAAUAAUAAUAUUAUUAUUAUAAUCAUGAUCAUUCCACCUAUCAAGAUCAGGACUCAAGACAGAGAUUCUACGGGAAUUGACUCAGAAAACAAAUAUAGCUUAGAAUUUGUCAACAGACCGCAACUUCCCCAAACAAUUACUAGGCUGUCACUUAAAAAAAAAAGACUGAGGUACCGAAAAAAUGGCUAUAACUGCAUCUUCCAAAGGAAAGAUGUUCUUUGUGAACUAAACAUCCUCUUUCUUCAGAUAUAUACCACAAGAGUGCAAUCCGAAAACCAUCUCCCUUGUGCGAAAGUGAUUGAUGUCGAAUUGGGUGGCCUGAUCACUUUACUUCUAUUACUAAGGGCAUGUAUAACGAGCCGUCCCUUUUGUUGUGUUUUAGAAAAGGGAGACAUUUUAAAAGCGUAAACAAACCUUUAAUCGUUGAACACACAACUGCACAAAUUACAAGGUCAACCGAAUAUCUGUAUAGGUAACAUUAAGUAAUGAAAAGUGAUAAUACUAAAUGCAACACAAAUGAAUAGUAUGAACAAGAAUAUACAACCAACACCAAGUUCGUGUUCUAUUUACAAUCAACACUACACCUUUGGUUUAGAGAGAGUAUCACGGAGGAGAAAUUCAAUUUCAAGUUCAGACUUCUUGAACUUAUUCUAUGGUAUUCCUUGUAUGGCUCUUAAUUAGCAGGAUAUUGUUUCACUGGUACCAGUCGAUAUAUCACCAUUCCACUGUUUGAAUAAGUCAGUCAGAAAAUUAUCGUUAUGCAUAAUGCAAGAAGACUGCCAGUGUUACUUUA